AUGAUUUUUUAAAAGUUAGAUAUAUUCUCUUCUCAGUUUUAUUUUAACACUGGUAUUCAUUAGGCAAAGAGAGGGACUUUCUUUGGAAGUCUGCUUUCAUUUACUGUAUUUACUACAACAAUUGCCUAUUUUGUUUACAUUUUUACGCAGUAUGUUACCAAUCAAAUUGACCCAAUCUUUAGAUCUUAAAGUAUAAUAAGUUAAAAUUUAAUUGAGACAGAUUUAAAUAAUGACUUAGUUGGGUUUAGAUUUGAAUAUGGCAGUAGUUCUUAUGAAGAAUUAUAUCCUAAAAACUAUACUUAUUUGGUAUAUUUAGCCUAUUUCUAAUACAGUACUCCUGAUGAUAGCAUACUAAUUCCGCUAAAUGUUACUGACUGUACCAAUCCUAAUCUUGAAGGAUUCAAAUGUCUGGAUUUUUCAAAUGUAAAAAACUAUACACUGCUUCUGAACACAGAUAAAAAUAUGAAAUCCACUGUUUUGAUAUAAACUUAUGGUUGCAGAGAUAUUGAUUCUUAGAAAACAACUAUUCCUGAUAAUUGUGCAGAUUAAUCUCUAAUUGAUAGCAUGAUUAAUGGUAUAAACUCUAUUUUGAGGUUUAAAAUUUACACAUCUCAAUAUAAUACCGCAACUCAAAAGAAAGAAGUAAACUAUAGAAACGCAUAUGUCUACACAGUAGCUAAUUAGUAAAUAGUAAGUCAAUUAAAAACCCAAAUUUAAAAUACUUAGAUAAAAUAAGGUUUAAUAGUGUAGUCAUCAACCAAUUUUACAUCUCCAAUUUAAUGGACUUAAUAAGAUUAAAGUAUUGAUAGAAAUUAUGCUCUUACAUAGAUUGGAGCAGGAGGAUAUAGUGUGAUGAUAUUAAUGGUCGAUGAGAUCAUUUAGCAUAUUCAAAUUUAAUACCCUACAUUACCUCAAGUUUUAGCGUUAGUAAGCAGUGUAUUUACUCUAUUAAUGAUGUUUGGAAUUUUUGGUAGAAUAGCCUCUUAAAAAUCAAUUUAGUAAGACUUAUUAAUGCUUUUCUUAAAGAGUAUAUAUCAAGAUAACUAUUUAGGUAUAUUUAAAAAAACUAAUAAUAACAACACUCUAAGCUAAUAAUAAUAAAUUCAAACAAAUCAAUAAAAUUUAGUUGAUGGAGAAUUAAGAUAAAGUGAGGCCAAAGAAACAGAUGAUGAUAAAAUUUAAGAAAAAGACUAGUAAGUAACUAUUCCAGCGUUUUAUAAUAGAUAAAAAAUAUCUUUGGACAUAGAAUAAUUAAGUAAUAAUAAUAAUAAUGAAAAUCUGCUAUUAUCGCCUAAUAAUUAUCAAUAAAAUAAUAAUAGUUAAUCACAACAACCACCAUAAUCAACAGAAUCGAUAUAUUAAUUAAUUUUUGAAAAUAAUAUAAUUGAUGAAAUUAAUUAAGAAAACUCAAAUAAUAAUAGGCAUACAAUUAAUGAAAUAGAAUCUGAUAAUUAAUAGUCAGAAAGAAAUCAAAUAAAAUAUAAUUUUAAUAAUCGGAUUAGCAAGCUAUAAUUUAAACCUUAAAAUAAGAAGCUCGAUGGUAUUAAUAGUAAAAAAGAAGACCUGAUGGAUAAUUUGAAAGCCAUUUAAGAUAUCAACUGCUCCAACAAAACACAAUAAUUAAGAAUUAUAAGAGAAAAAAUGGAGGUUAUAAAUAAAAAGCAACUAUAAAAUAUUGAGUAGUAAAUAAGAAAAGAAUUGAAUAUUUUUAACUUCAUUAAGGAUAUCAUCUUACUAAAGAAAGCUAUUAUGAUGAUACUAACUAAAGAAUAACUAGCAGCUCUCCAUCUUGUAGGUUGUUCUUCAAGUUACUUAAACGUAGAUUUAAAUAAUGUUGAUUCUGAUAUAGAUGAAUUAGAACAAAAGUUAAAUUUAAGCCACUAUGAAAAGCAGUUAGCCAUUUUAUAGUCAGAGAAGUUCUAAAGUUAGUACUUUCAAGAUUUCUUAUCAAAAUGCUCUGAUGAAGAAAAUAUAAACGAAAUAGAUAUGAAAAUUUUAUCAUCAAUAUAAAAAUGUCACUUAAAUUGA